UUGCGUUUUGAAGAACGUUUGAAAAAACAAUCCAAGAAAAUAUUAUCUGUGGAAACGCUUGAGAGGGCCAUUAUGAAAAAGAUGUCUGGGUUACUGAGUAGACAAAACGUCCAAGAAAAACUGUACAGAAAUCUGAAAGAUCGACUUCAAAAUUUUAUGCACUCUCAAGAAGAAAAUCCCGUUUUUGCUAAGGCCCUCAAGCAACACAAAGAAAGUUUGAUAAGAAGAGAGCGAUUGCUUGUUCCUGUGACAACUACUGCGUCACUCAGCAACAUUGUUGCGUUCUAUGCGUAUUUAUCAAAGGAUGUUCCAUCCCCCAGCGGCCACCAUAUCCUCACGUUUGAUAACGUAAUCACCAAUGCAGGAAAUGCUUACCAUCCCCACUCUGGUACAUUUAUAGCGCCCCGAUCUGGGUUUUACGUUUUUACAUGGACUAUAAGAAUAUUUGGAACAGCACAUCACUCAACAGAACUGUUAGUCAAUAACAAUGUCGCCGGAUCGACGUAUCUUGAUCCAGCUAAUACUAUUGAUGGCAGUGUUACCGGUACCGUUGUGGUACAUGUUGACCAGGGAGAUGAUGUUUUGGUAAGAACUCUGGACCGGUAUUACAGGGGUGAUAUAAUAAGCAGAUUUGAAGGACGAUCAUCCUUUGCAGGAUGGGCUUUAGCUUAAAUCAA